GCCUCUCCCCGCACCACCUCUCCAUCCCUCGCCGUGUUUUAUAACUUCACGGAAUCGCGCUCUACCGCCGGUGGGACACCUCGCGCCGCCGCCGCCACCGCCAGAGUCCGAUCGUAUGGACGCCGAGGCCGGCGCCGCCGGCGCCGACCAGCUUCCGUGGCGGCAACGCUACAGGAAUCUACUACUUCUAGCAUACCAGAGCUUUGGCGUUGUCUAUGGGGACCUAAGCACAUCGCCUCUUUAUGUAUAUAAAAGUGCAUUCUCAGGAAGGCUAUCUCGAUACCAAGAUGAACAGACAGUAUUCGGUGUACUUUCCCUGAUAUUUUGGACCUUCACACUUGUUCCUUUGCUCAAGUAUGUCAUUAUUGUAUUGAGCGCUGAUGACAACGGCGAAGGUGGACCAUUUGCUCUGUAUUCACUCCUCUGCAGGCAUGCAAAGCUUAGCUUGCUUCCAAAUCAACAAGCAGCGGAUGAGGAACUUUCUACAUACUACAGAGAUGGGUUUGCAGCUCAACAUGGAUCUACACCUUGGCUACGAAGGUUUCUAGAGAAGCACAAAACAAUCAAAACUGUGCUUCUCCUUGUAGUUCUUUGUGGUGCUAGCAUGGUGAUUGGUGAUGGUGUCCUUACUCCAGCAAUCUCAGUCCUGUCAUCUAUGUCUGGAUUGCAAGUUCGAGCUACUGGUUUACAGGAUCGUUCUGUGGUGCUACUUUCAUGCAUUGUAUUGGUUGGUCUGUUUUCCUUGCAACACCGAGGUACUCAGAAGGUAGCAUUCAUGUUUGCACCGAUUGUCAUCAUCUGGCUCUUUUGCAUUGGUGGAAUCGGUUUGUACAACAUAGUUCAUUGGAAUCCAAGGAUAUACCAAGCACUCUCUCCAUAUUAUAUUGUUAAGUUCUUUCAGACAACCGGUACAGAUGGCUGGAUUGCUCUAGGAGGAAUACUGCUUUCUAUGACAGGAAGUGAAGCUAUGUUUGCUGACCUCGGUCAUUUUACAAGUGCAUCUGUCAGGCUGGCUUUUAUUACCAUCAUAUAUCCAUGCCUCACAUUACAAUAUAUGGGCCAAGCAGCAUUUCUGUCAAAGAACAUGUUUCACAUGCGCACAAGUUUUUAUGACUCCAUCCCAGGACCUGUAUUUUGGCCUGUAUUUGUGGUGGCCACUCUUGCUGCAGUCGUUGGAAGCCAGGCUGUUAUCUCAGCUACAUUCUCUAUUGUAAAGCAAUGCCAUGCUUUGGGAUGUUUCCCACGAGUGAAGGUUGUUCAUACAUCGAGGUGGAUCUAUGGGCAGAUAUACAUUCCUGAAAUAAAUUGGAUCCUUAUGGUGCUUUGCGUAGCUGUCACAGUUGCAUUCCGUGAUACUACCCUUAUCGGAAAUGCCUAUGGUAUUGCUUGCAUGACUGUCAUGCUUGUUACUACAUUCUUGAUGGCAUUGAUCAUCAUCUUUGUUUGGCAAAAGAACAUAAUAUUUGCCUUGUUGUUCCUAUUUUUCUUCGGAUCCAUUGAAACUGUCUAUCUUUCUUCAUCUCUCAUGAAGGUUCAUCAAGGGGGAUGGGUGCCUCUUGUGCUUGCUUUUAUAUUCAUGUCUGUCAUGUUCAUUUGGCACUUUGGAACAAGAAGGAAGUACCAGUUUGAUCUUCAGAACAAAGUGUCAAUGAGAUCGAUCUUGUCUCUAGGUCCAAACCUUGGCAUAGUCCGGGUUCCAGGAAUUGGACUGAUUUACACUGAGCUGGUGACUGGUGUGCCUGCCAUCUUCACACAUUUUGUCACUAAUCUUCCUGCCUUUCAUGAAGUCCUAGUCUUUCUUUGUGUUAAGUCAGUACCGGUCCCGUAUGUUCCACCAGAUGAGAGAUACCUUGUGGGUAGGAUUGGACCUAGAGCAUAUCGGAUGUACCGUUGCAUUGUCAGGUAUGGUUACAAAGAUGUGCAGAGAGACGAUGAAAAUUUUGAGAACAUGUUAGUUAUGAGCAUUGCAAAGUUCAUUAUGAUGGAAGCUGAGGAUGUCUCGUCUUCAGCCAGUUAUGAUAUGGCUAACGAAGGAAGAAUGGCCGUCAUAAGAACCACUGACGAUGCUGGCACACCAUUGGGCAUGAGAGAUUUGAGUGGUCUAGCGGAGUCCAUUUCUACUACGAGGAGUAGCAAGUCUGAGAGCCUUCGAAGCUUGCAGUCCUCUUAUGAGCAGGAAUCACCAAGUGUAAGCCGUAGGCGCCGUGUUCGCUUUGAGCUGCCAGACGAGGACAACAUGGAUCAACAGGUGAAAGAUGAGUUACUAGCACUCGUGGAGGCGAAACAUGCAGGGGUUGCGUACAUAAUGGGCCAUUCUUACAUUAAAGCUAGGAGGAGCUCCAGUUUUCUGAAGAAAUUUGCAAUCGAUGUUGGCUACUCUUUCCUCCGGAAGAACUGCAGAGGUCCAUCAGUCUCGCUGCAUAUUCCUCAUAUUAGUCUGAUAGAAGUUGGUAUGAUCUACUACGUGUAGCCUAAUGCUCUUGUUCACAUGUGGGCAUCAGGUGGCAACCAAGCAUGUGCUGCCUAUGGACCCCUGUGGUUUUUGUCUGGAGUUGAAGUUGCAAUCUCUAGGGACGGAAUGCUGCAUCAAAGUGCUCCCAGUUUCAGUCUGGUAGAGAUGAAGGCGCUGUGCAUGUUAAUAUUACUUGUCAGCCCAAAUAAAACGCCAGAUCCGUAUUAUUGAUUCUAGUUCUUUUUUUUCUUUUGGUAUAUCUCUAUACAUGCGAUGUAUUUUCUUUUCCCUGGGAACGACGUCACGGAAGUCAAUUCUGUCAUAUAAAUUAAUUUUGCCGCUUCCA